GGAGUAAAGGCCGGGAAUUUUGAAGAGAUAGUCUCGACAACGUCAACGAGCUCUGCUAGUCAGCUCUGCAACUGUACUCGUAGCUAAGUUGCUUAAUUUCGUGAGUAGCAUACAAGACUGGGAAGAAGUGAGAUACAUUGCCAUCAUGCAGAAGUCAGAUUAUCCUUUCUUACCGUACGAACCUCCAAGCUGGGCUGCAAAUUUGGCCCUGAUUCCAAAGUAUAAAUUUCAGUUGGCUAACCUAAACACCCCUAUCCACAAAUGGCGUCUCCCAAGGACACCCGAUGACUUUGAAGUCUUCGUCAAGAGGGAUGACAUGACAGGAAGUGUUCUCUCCGGCAAUAAAAUCCGUAAGCUUGAGUUCCUGUUGGCCGAUGCUGUCGAUACAGGGUGUGAGGUCAUCCUGACAUGUGGAGGAGUCCGGUCCAAUCACUGCAGAGCGACGGCCAUCUCGUCCCGUCAGCUUGGAUUAGACUGUCAUCUAUUUCUAUGGUCCAGGACACGGAACCUCAAAGGUCAGUUUACAGGGAACACUCUGUUAGAUAGGAUGGUCGGAGCUAACUUUUAUCUUGUCCCAUCGGAGUGCUCAUUUCAGAAUGAGAUCUAUCCCAGAAUGCAACAGCUUCAAAAACAUAUAAAGGAGACAAGUGGGAAGAAGUGUUACUCCAUACCUCUUGGUGGUUCAAGCUCCAUCGGUGUUUGGGGUUAUAUAGACUGUUUUAAUGAACUCAUGAAGCAGGGUUUACAUGAGAGGUUCACUGAUAUUGUUGUAGCAUCAGGGAGCACUGGCACUGUUACUGGCCUUGCUAUAGGAAACCACCUGACAGGUAACAAAGUCAAAGUUCAUGGUAUGGCGGUCAUCGCCGAUGCCGCUUACUUCCACGAGGAAGCGGAUGCGAUCUUGAGAGACCUGGGUUUGCAGGGCAGUGAUGGGUCAUCGGGGGUCAAGGCUGCGGACAUCAUGGACAUCGUCGAGGGAGUGAAGGGCAUUGGCUACGGUCUCUCAACGCCAGAGGAAUUAGAAUGUAUUCAAGAGGUUGCCAUGACAACAGGUCUUCUGGUAGACCCAUGCUAUACAGGGAAGGCUACAUACCACACCAUGAAACUAAUGAAGGAAAACCCCGGUAGGUUCAAGGGGAAGAAGGUCCUAUUUAUACAUACAGGAGGAUGGUUCGAUCUCUUCAGCGGUGUGAUGUCGUCUGCUAUCGACGGCAAGAGCUCUGCAGAAAACAAGGUCUACGAUUGGAUGGAAAUGACUGACAAAUUGCCCUUUGACCAAUAGGAGUCAAGAGAACAUAAAUAUCGCCCUUCCUACUUUGGGGUCUGUUUGUGGGUAUACAUGGGGUAUUUUUUUAUUGGGAGGAGUGGUUAAGUUAAGCUUAGUACUAAUAUAUUCAGAAAAAAAGAAAGCAAUAUAACUUGCCCUCAUGCUAUGACACUUACAUGAUUAUCUAACAUUCAACUGAGCUUGUUUAAAGGGCAAUUCAACACUUCAAUGACAUGUUAAGAGUAAUAAUUUUAUGAUUUACCUGUUAUGGAUCCCCGGCUUUUCAAUCCACUGGCUUUCCUAGGGUGUUUGAUUCUCACAUUUUACAAUGUAUAUAUCUACUUAUGUGAUUUUCACCUAAUAAUUAAAUUGAAUUGAAUUGAAAUUAUUGAUAUUAUUUCAUGCCGAUUUGAGAGAGAGCUUGAGCCGGCAGGGUCAUAAUGACACUAUCAGCUUUACCCUUGUUACCCCUGUCAAUCCCCUUCUUAGUGAAAAAAAGAUCCCCCAAAUCCUGUAUUGUACGAGAUCAUGCUUUUUUUUCAGCUUUCUUGGUCCUUGAAAUCUGUCUUUUAGGUCCUUUCCCUUUUAGUAAAUCUCUGUUUCCAUCAUUACGUCAGCCACGGUAGCCACCAAUGGCAUUUUCUAAGUUUGAAAGUUUGACAGUAACAAUGUCGAUGACACAAUGUUAAUGUUUUUUUUUCUUAGGAAGAGGAAUGGGUACGUGCAAUAAAAUCAAGUUCUGAUUCAGCCCUGGGAUGUCGGAGCUAGCGCUAUAAUGUGUGCUAGCCACUAUAGUGCGCUUGUGAUCGUGAGCGCUAACGAGCGUGCACAUAGCGCGAGCACUGCAUGCACAGUUGCACACCAUGCAUGGUAACACUGGCUAAUAACUUGCACUGCAUUGUACCUGAAUAGACUUGAGAUGGCGCUGCACAAUGUUUUAUUGAUGAGUCCUCUGUUUUGGACAGCGGACUCAUUAAUUAAAUAGCAUGCUCAACCACAUCAACAGGCAUCAGUUUGCCUGUGACAAAAGCGCGCAUCAGCAAUGGAAAUUUAUGUUUCUGUUUGUGGUAACUCCCGUAGGAACUCGGCCGGACAGCAUUUUGCUGGUAAACGCCAAGCUUGUAUAUAACCAAUUACCUAUGAAACAUUUUUCGUCUAGGUUAAUCAGUCAUAGUGGCUGACGUUAUAGACGACAGAUAUCAUUACGUCAAACGCCCGUUUGGAGAAAGACCGCAGUUCAGAUUGCAAACUGCGGUGUUAUACCCCAUUUUCCAUUUGGAUCUCCCAAAAAUCAUUUCCAAGCCCUUAUUAACCGCGCUUGGCCAGGUAAUCCAGGGGUAAUCCCCUCCACAGGCCAGUAUAUGAGCGUUGAGCAAAGGACGAAAAGAUAAACAACAGCUGUGCCAAUACGUAAGACUUCUCUGCCUGUAGUAGGACCUUCGGAAUGAAAUUAUUGUAUUCGAUAUUUAAUCACGUUUUCAAAGGCAUAUUGUAUUCAGUAAUCCAAUGUUAGUCCAUUUUCGAUUUCGAACGAAGAAAAUCGACCUCGAAAUAAGGAAAGUAAGCGAAUAAAAAUGACGGCAUGUUUUGCAGGGACCGCGCUCAGCGCUGCGCAUGCAUCCCAUCGUGUGUGGCCCCCUGCUGUGACUGUAUAUGCCGGGCUGUUGUGUUAUCUUCGGACCGACGUCAAGAAACAGGUGUUUUGAUACUUAAAGGGAUGGUCCGGGCUGAAAGUAUGUAUAGCUUAAUAAAUAGAGUAGAAUUCACAAAGCAAAAUGCUGGAAAUUUCAUCAAAAUCAGAUAACAAAUAACAAAGUUAUUGAAUUUUAAAGUUUAGCAAUAUUUUGUGAAAACAGUCGUCAUGAAUAUUCAUUAGGUGGGCUGAUGAUGUCACACCUCCACUUGUUCUGUUGUAUUUUAUUAUAUGAAAUUAGGUUUAUUCAAAUUUUUUCCUCCAAGAACUAGAAAAAUUGGAUUGACAACUGAUUUAGUGCAAUAGAUAUUUAUUGCUGCAACUUAUUUCAUUAUAAGGGAGAUAUAUUAUUCACACCAGUAUGAAAUAAUGAAAAAAUUAUGAUUUUAUGUAAUAACAUAAGAAAACGGAAAGUGGGGAUGUGACAUCAUCAGCCCACCUAAUGAAUAUUCAUGACGACUGUUUUCACAAAAUAAUGCUAAACUUUAAACUUCAAUGACUUUAUUAUUUGUUAUCCGAUUUUGAUGAAAUUUUCGGCAUUUUGCUCAGUGAGUUCUGCUCUAUGUAUUAAGAUAUAAAUAUUUUCAGCCCGGACCAUCCCUUUAAAUUGCUUGCUUGGGGCAGUUAGGGUUUGUCGUACUUGGAGAAGAGAAUUGAUGAGAAGAGAAACUGGGGUAUAGUGUUCUCAAAUGGAUUUUUUUUUCGUCAUGAUCACUCUCGGGCCUUUUGAUCAAAGUGGAGACAAUGGCAGAGUUGGGAUUCGAACUCACAACCUUGCGAUUAUGAGUCCAGUGCUCUAACCACUGGACCACACGACACAUAUUUUUUAAUAUGCACAGUAAAUUAAGUGUAAUUUGUAGAGGAAAUCUGUGUAAACCAUGGGCUCAACUAAUGCCAAUGUUUUUCCAAACCACCUUAGUGGAUUAAGCCAUUUGCUGUACUACUGUCCCAUGCACUGUUGGUAUUGUAAUCAUGGGAAACCAUAGAUAUAUUUAUGUAUUAAUCAAAUGUAUUUAGCCAAUGCCUGCAGCCCCUGCACCAUUGUGGUACUUAUGUAUUGAGCAAAUGUAUCGAUCCAGUCAAGACAUUUACUGUACUACAGUCCCGUGCACCGAGUUCGGUGUUGUAAUUGUGAGAUUGUGAGAAACCAAAGAAUUCAGUGGGCCUCGUCAGCCCAGCUUUAAAAGAUGACCUUAUACAUUGUAUUUCACUUGUGAACUUCCAUUAUAAGAAGUCGCUAUUAUUCCCAUGCAUUGUCUACCUUGUCGUGACCAAAUGUGUGUGACUUAUUGUGCUUUGAUAACUUAAGCUGAAAUUUCCUUGGUUUAUUAUUUUUAUGAUAGCUGUAAGCUUGGUUCCAUGACAUUUACUUUGGUGACAAUUGCUCCGCUGUAGAUUCCACACACUAAUGGGAUGACCAAAUUCAACUGUGGAUUGAACACUAUGCCCUAUCCUAAACCUUACCCUAAACUUUACAUCAGACCCUGUUGCAACCCUAACCCUUACCCUAAAUCUAAACGAAAUAAAGCCCGGAGCAAUUGUCGCCAGAGCAAAUGUCGUGUCACCAUAAGCUCAGCUCAUUGUUGCCAAGUCACCCCUUCUAUUUUUACAAUUCAAAUAUAACUUGUAGUAUCAGGUAUAUCUAUCAAAUGAUAGUUCAAACAAGGGGGAAUGAAGAUAUGGAAUAUAUCAGUGUUCUCCGUUUCCAUAUUUACUCUUUUAUCUAUGUAUAUAAACUAGAUUUGUGAAUGUUUUAUCAAAUGUUUUCUUUAAAUUUGUUUUUGAUAUAUCUGAAAUAUUGGAAGCAAAGUCUAUUUAUCUAAGUAUCUGUGUGUGGGAUUUAGGCAUAUGAAAUAUGUACACUGUCAUCAGCAGUUUUGUUAUUCCGUUCAUCAUUCAUUAAGUGGGUUGUCUGCACCAUUUUGGUAGGGCAAAGUUGCAAUUUAUGCAUUUCCUAAUACACGUGCCCUCAGCGUUCAGUAUCAAGAGAGGCUUAUGGGUCGACCACUUUAUUCCUAAUAAAUAAAUCUAUAAAGCAAAUUGAAUUUGCAAAACAA